AUGCGCGUCUCCUGUUUAUUCGUGUCUGUUGCUAUAAUGCUUGCUGGCGAGAUCCAGUCGCUCCCAGUUUUAGGUCUUGGAAGCCUUCCCCUCCUAGGAAACGACGGCCAAUUGGUCGACACUGUCUCAAACACCUUGCACCCGGUCACCGGCAACUUAACUGGCAAUCUUCUUGACGUCUCGGCCGACGGCGAUGUGCUCUCCGAAGUGGACCUAGUUGGUGACGAAGGACUCCUCAGCUCUGAAGGCCCCCUCGGUGGUAUCGUUGGCUCCCUACGACGCCGUCAAGGACUUAUGGUCCUUGACACUCUCGGAAGUGUUGCGAACGGUGUCCAAGUCAUGUCUGUUCUAGGAAGCGUGGGAUCGAUCUUGCCGGUUACUCAAGCUCUCACCUCCCAGGUCGGCGGGCUGAGCGGUGGUCUCCACAAGUCUGCGCCGGUCGCUGCUCUGCCCGUCGGACUCACCUCCCUCUUGAAGCGCGAUUCUACCGUCAAUUCGCUCCCGCUCGUCGGAUCAAUCCCCGGUGCCAGCAGCCUCCCCAGCCUUAGCAAACUGCCUUUGAUCAGCUCUCUCCCGAGCUUCAGCAGUCUUCCUUUGAUCAGCUCCGUCCCGAGCUUCAGCAGUCUCCCUCUGAUCAGCUCCGUCCCGAGCUUCAGCAGUCUCCCUUUGAUCAGCUCCGUUCCAGGCAUCAGCAAGCUUUCAUCAGGUCUUCCUAGCCCUGCCAGCCUCGGCAGUCUCCUCUGA